GUGCAGAAUGUGAGAGGGACGCUACGCACGAGCACACAGAGCGAGCACACACAAAGCAACAAGCGAGCCACGGAGCCCGAGAAGGCAGAGCUGCAAAGCAAAAGGAACUAUAGACGGAGAGAGAGAGGUGAGAGCGGGGGCGCGAGCUCGCCGGGGCCCGUGAUCCGCCUUUAACUUUCGCUUUCCUCUCUCCCUCCGCGCCCCUUCUAAAAACCGGCCAUGCCCGCCGGCAUCCACCACCCGCCCGCUCCUCCCAGAACCAGAGCGGCGCGAGCGAACGUUGGGGCGCUGUGAGGUGACGUCGACGCGCGGUGUGGUGGGGGGAGGGGAGGGGACGGCAAUGUCGCUGCACAUGGACCCGCCGGCGCCGCCGCGCCGCUCCAACGUCACCAGCUGCGACCUGCACCCGGACGAGGCGUUCACCGGCUUCUGCACCGCCUGCCUCCGCGAGCGCCUCGCCGGCCUCGAGGCGUCCGCGGCCGCGGCCUCCGCGCCCGGCCGCCGCUCCACGUCCGCCAUCCGCUCCCUCUUCGCCCGGCCGUUCGCCGCGGGCGCCUCGUCGUCCGCGGCUGGCGCGGUGGUCGAGCCGCCGGACCUGCGCCGGUGCAAGUCCUUCUCGUGCGGCCGCGGCGGGGACGUGCUCUCCGCUGCCGCUGCGGCGGCGGCCGCGGUUGCCAGGGGCGACGAGCCGCAGCGGCACUCGUGCGAUGUGCGGGGCCGCGCCACGCUCUCGGCGCUCUUCCACCAGGACGACCGUGACCGCGUCCGCGACGGCACGGCGUUCGGUUCCUUCCCCGUCUCGUCCUCCGCCGCCGCCGCCGUGGCGCUCACCGCCGGCGUCGCGCCUCCGCCCCUGCAGCCGCCGCUGUUACCGCGGCGCGUGCUGGAGGAUUUCUCCGAGGAGGACAUCCCCGUGGUCAUGGAGCGCGAGGACGAGAUAAUGCCGGUGUUCGAGCCCGUCCUUCCGGUGGACACCUCCGGCGAGAUUGUUGAAGCCGAGCCCAAUGCCGCUCGGGAUGUCAAGGCCAUGAAGGAUCACAUUCACACAGAUCUUGAGUCGUCGGAGCCCGUGAAGCCGCCGCCAAAAGACCUGAAAGAGAUCGCCGGGAGCUUCUUUGGCGCCUCGGUGUUCAGCAAGAAGUGGCAGAAAUGGAGGCGCAAGCAGAAGCUCAAGAAGGAGGCCGCCGUGAGCAAGGCCGCGGCAGCGGCAAUGCCACCGCCGGAGAAGCCAUCCAAGCCGUCGUUCCUUAGGCGGCGCCGCCUCCGAGGGGAAGCCGGCUCGGAGAACGCAUUGGGGCGGCGCUCGUGUGACACCGACCCGCGUUUCUCCCUCGACGCCGGCCGCAUGUCCAUCGACGACGCCGGCUUCACCUGGGACGAGCCACGCGCGUCGUGGGACGGGUACUUGUUCGGCGCGGGGUCCGGCAUUGGCCUCGGCCGCGCGCCCCCGCCGCUCUCCCGCCUCCCGCCCAUCCUGUCCGUCAUGGAGGACACCCCGGCCGCCGUCGUCGAGCGGUCAGACGGCCAAAUCCCCGUGGAAGACGAUGGCGACCUCGAGCCUCCAGGGGGAUCCUUCCAGACGAGAGACUACUACUUCGAUUCUUCCAGCCGGAGGCGCCGGAGCCUGGAGCGCACCAGCUCAGUCCGCCGGCCGUCCUUCGAGGUCACCGAGCCGAAGCCAGCACCCGCCGCAGCGAACGGCAACGAGUCCCCCAUCGCCAUUGGCGGCUCAGAGUUCUACCACUUCCACCACGCCGAGGACCUGCUGGACCGGGGCUUCAGCUCCAACUCCCUGGUGGAGGACAUCUCGGCGAGCCUGGAGGCGGCAAUGUCGGGGCCGGCGGCCAAGAAGCCGCCCCGCUGGCGCAAGGCGUGGAGCCUGUGGGGGUUCAUCCACCGGCGCGCCGCCGGGCGCAGGGGCGGGGGCCCGUCGGACAUCGCGGACCGGUCGUUCUCGGAGCCGUGGCCGGAGCUGCGCGGCGGGCGCGGGGCCGGCGGGCAGAGCAGCAUGCAGCGGUGCAACAGCAACCUGAGCGCGCGCAGCUCGUUCAGCAGCAACAGCGGCGGGCUCGGCAGCUCGCGGCGCAGCUACGUGGACGUGAACGGGAACGUGAGGCGGAGAGGGGCCGAGGAGGCGCAGCCGCACGUGCUGGAGCGGAACCGCAGCGCGCGGCACUCGCCGCCGGGGCGCGUGACGCCGAUGCGGAGCGGCGGCGGCGCGGGCGCGCGGCGGGGCGUGCCGGGGGGCAAGGCCGGGCGGCAGCUGACCUCGCAGUCGUUCGCCCGGAGCGUGCUCCGCCUGUACUGAACCAACGAACCCGGCGCCGCGGCCGGAGGGGGGCCGGUGAUAGUAGCCAUAGCCAUAAGUCUUGGUGUAGUAUUGUACUAAGCUCGAUCUUGCUGUUUCUUUCUCUUCAUUUGGGGGUGGGGUGGGGGUGGAUAACACGCAGGCAGUUCAUGUUGAUUUCCUCUUGCAUUUUUAGCAUCCUCGUCGCAUGAUCAGAUCAGAUCAGUGGUUCUCUUUCUUUCUUCUUGUGAAAUCAGCAGUUGAGGCUCUGGA